AUUCAUUGAAAUAACCAUCAGUAAUAAUGCAACAGAAACAACAUCAUUAAAUAAAACUUAGAAAUAAUUUUGUCUUAUACAACGUUCUUUUUUUAUAUUCUAGAUUUCACAUAAUUUGGUACAAUCUGGUUUAAUGGAACAAUUCAUUCAUAUCAUCCUUAAUGUUAAUGAAAAAUUAUUUAAUUCAAAACGUUCGCGAUAUAACAAUGGUGAUGAUGAUGAAUCUGGUCGUGAAUAUCGACGAGUUUUAGAAGAAAUUAAUUUACCAGUAUCAAUAUUAUCAACACCACCAACACCAACAUAUACUGAACGUAUCCUUGUGAAUGAAGAUUUCUAA